GCAAGGCUUUCAAAUACUGUGUGGUGGUGUCCUAGGUCGAGAGGGAGAAGAUAUUUCUUCUGAAACGUAUUCCUCAUAGAAGAAAGCUCCAUCUGACCAGGUUCGGUGGUCAAAGCAGAAGAUUUGUAGCCCAAAAUGACGCUUCCCAUGCAACAAACUGAAGAGCAGAGACUCUAUCAGCAAACAUUGCUUCAAGAUGGUCUCAAGGAUAUGUUAGACAAUAAUAAGUUCAUAGACUGUAUCUUAAAGAUAAAGGGAAAGGAGUUUCCAUGCCACCGGCUGGUCCUAGCAGCUUGCAGCUCUUACUUUAGAGCCAUGUUUGUCUCUGACUCAGAGGAGAGCAGGAAAAAGGAAAUCGACUUGGAAGAUGUAGAUCCUGAUGUGAUGGAAAAGAUUCUUAAUUACAUCUACACUUCUGAGAUAGAGAUUACUGAGAAAAAUGUUCAAGAUAUCUUCUCUGUGGCCAAUAUGUUCCAGAUCCCUUCCAUUUUCACAGUGUGUGUCUCCUUCCUCCAGAAGAAGAUGUGUCUUAGUAACUGCCUGGCAAUCUUUCGUUUGGGUCUCUUGUUGGAUUGUCCUCGCCUGGCAGUCUCUGCAAGGGAUUUCUUAUGCGAUCGUUUCAACCUAGUCACCAAAGACAAUGAGUUUUACCAAGUGUCUCCUGAUGAACUUAUUGCCAUAAUAUCCAGCGACUCUCUGAACAUUGAGAAGGAAGAGGAAGUCUUUGAAAUUGUCAUGAAGUGGGCUGCCAAGGAUAAAGAAAACCGGGUCAAGACCCUGCCAGUCAUCUUCGAAAGUAUUCGCUUCCGUCUCAUGACCGAGGACUACAUCAAGAACAAAGUCGAGAACCAUGAGUUGGUUAAAUCUAGCCCUGAAGCCUUAAAGAAGCUUCAGAUGGUCAAAGAGGCACAAGGAGGCAAACUACCGGUAAUCAAGAAGAAAAAAACUGGCAAAUUAGGAAAGAACAAAGAUGGGGAAAAGAUAGCCAAUGGAGACAUUGAGGAUGAAGAUGAGGAUGAAGAAGCCCUUCCUGGAAUUUUAAAUGAUACCUUGAGAUUUGGGAUGUUCUUCAAGGACCUGAUCUUCAUGAUUAGCGACACGGGGGCAGUUGCUUAUGACCCAAUCGCAAACGAGUGCUUCUUUGCUUCUCUUUCGGCUCAGAUCCCCAAAAACCACGUCAGCUUGGUAACAAAGGAGAACCAGAUCUUUGUGGCUGGUGGACUUUACUACAAUGAGGAUAACAAGGAUGAUCCACUGAGCUCAUACUUCUUACAGUUUGAUCAUCUGGACUCUGACUGGCUGGGAAUGCCUGCUGUUCCAUCUGCAAGGUGUCUCUUUGGCCUUGGAGAGUCAGAAAAUUCCAUCUACCUAAUUGGUGGGAAGGAGCUGAAGGAAGGAGAACAGACACUGGAUUCAGUUUUGUGUUAUGACCGACCGUCAUUUAAAUGGGGGGAGUGUGACCCAUUACCCUAUGAAGUCUAUGGCCAUGCUGUGGUUUCGCAUGACAACCUGGUUUAUGUAAUUGGAGGGAAAGGCUCUGACAAGAAGUGCCUUAACCGUUUGUGUGUUUACAACCCCAAAAAGUUUGAAUGGAAGGAAUUGUCCCCUAUGAAGACUGCCCGGUCACUGUUUGGGGCCACACUUCACAACGGCAAAAUCUACGUUGCAGCAGGUGUAUCGGACACCGGCCUGACAAACACCAUGGAAGUCUAUGACAUGAAAGCCAAUAAAUGGGAAGAUUUCACAGAGUUCCCGCAGGAACGCAGCUCCCUCAGUCUGGUCAGCAUGGACGGAACGCUGUACGCCAUAGGGGGAUUCGCAACAGUGGAGAAUGAAAACGAAGAGCUGAUGCCGACAGAGCUGAAUGAUAUCUGGAGAUACAAUGAGGAUACAAAGAAGUGGGAAGGAAUUCUCAGAGAGAUCCGUUAUGCCUCCGGAGCGACGUUCCUGCGCGUUCGUCUUAAUAUUCUCAGACUAACUAAGAUGUGAAUCCAUGAAAGGCGAGAAGAUGGGAUGUAACAUCUGAUUUGACAAGUGGCACUAAUAGAAGAAGACAGAAGUUGUUGAAUGAACCAAAGAUUUCUUCGUGGAGGAAUGAAAUUGAUCUGGAACUGGUGUUCAGUCAUUUAAGGGGACAGAACUAUUGUUUUCGGUCCUCGUUACAGUUUGCUAUUUUCUAGAAUGUGGGUUACAAUCUGCAGAAUGACUGCAUGAAUGGAUGACUGUUGGGAUGAAUCCCGAAGAAGAAGCCACAUUUUAUAGACUUUUCCACCCAGCUCCAUGCAAUCACUGCUUGACAAUACAAUGAUACGGAAUCCAGAAUGUUCUAGAUCAUCCAGACGCACCCCCUGGAUGACCUGUAACCCUCUUUUCUUUGUGUUUUACAUGAAUAUCAUUUUUACUAAAACCAUUGUGCAGUUUUCUAAUACCAGUUCUUUCACGGGGGUGGGGUGGGGGACUGUAGAAAAUUUCCUGCUAAAAAAUUAAAUUGGAUCGAUAAAAAUCUAAUAGAUAAAUGCUUUAAUGUUUUCCUUUUCGCCUCAACCAGAGGUGGAAGUAUUUUCUCCUCUGCUCCUAUUCUUGACCAUAGGGGACGGUAUAAUAUAUAUUGGUAAAGUAUACAUGGAUCAGCCAUAACAUUAAAAUCAAUCCCUAUCUCUGA